AGAGGUGGGCCGGUUUGGUGAUGCGAUGAUGUGACGCCGUCCUGAGUGAGGUGCGUUGAAAAGUUUGGCGUGGGGAAUUUAACAAAACGGUCAAGCGUUGCCGAAAAACUAAAUGUCUCCAAUGCCAGCAGUCAUUCGACCGGAACGCAGGCUUUCACCCAGCAGAUCACCGGACGACCAGAUUCCCACGCAUUCCCUGUGGCAUACAAACCACUCACAACUCAUCGCUGCGCUCGUCCAAGAUGCCGUCUCGUCUACGCGUGAACCCACCUCUCAUCUUUCUCGGCUCCCUUCGGCGCUCUCACAAAUACUGCCAUACGUACUGGAACAAUUCCCACCGCGAGACGUGCCUGCUAGCAGGGACGUCAAGGGUCGGAAUGGGGAUGUGACGAGAUGCACCAGACUUGAGAUCGCGAGGGCCUUACUGUUGGGGAUGAAUUUUGGGCUGAUUGUGAGGGACGCCAGGAGAGGCAACAAGAGGAAAGGAAGGACAAAGGACGGUUGGGAAGACGAGGCUGGAUGGAUGAGAACGAUGGUGCUGGUGCUAGCUGCGUUUGGACAUGUGUGUACGGAGGCCAGCAGCAAGACGUUACAAGCGAUAUUCAAGGAAGACUUUGAUUUGGACGGUGCAACGGGGGUUCUAAAGGGCUCGGCAGCUGUCUCCACGAUAUGUCACAUUGUGGUUCGAUCUAUCAUCAUCGUGAUGGAGACGGUAGUCUCCUCCUUAUCGCCAUCGUUUGCUGAAUGGCCGCAGAAUAUUCUGAGGAAGAUUCUCCUGGCGAUAGUCACUAGCGACCAACCGUGUUCGGAGUCAUCGUCGGUGUCCCUGCAGAUAUUGGAGGAGUUCACGUCUGUUCUGCUCAAAGCAUUGCGAUACUCGGAGCAGGGAUCGACACAGGGGUCUUCGCCGCUACAUCUGAGCCUAUAUGGGGAAAUUCUUCACGUCAUACCUCUGGCGUCGCGAUCAAAUCCCUCCGAACAGAAGAAGCUGCGGUUCUUGUCGGACCCUUUGCUGCUUAUACGAUACUGCAUUAUGCCAAUGGUGCGGGCAUCCGUAUGGGAUGAACGCUUUAGACCCCGAUGCGCUGUGGCCCUCCGGAAAGCCUCCGCCUUGCUGUUGGCUGAUGCGAAACAGAAAGACUUUCGAGUUCCCGAAGCAUCUCAUCACUCGCAAGCUACAUCUUUCGUAGUAGAUGGCGUAGUGGAAGUAUUAUCAAUUUUUAUGAGCGCGUUGGGAAGCCCGGCACGGAAAGGCACAGAGCCUCCGGCGCAUGCGAUGCGGCCGCUCAUCGUUUCAGAUGGCUUUGUCAGGAAGUUGUCCGAAUGGAUGCGAAGUGCGCGGAAUCCUCGAUUGGUUCAAUUACUGCUGAUGCCAAUAUUGGAGCAGUUGGCUGGAAUCGAAGGGAAUUGGGACCAUUGCGGACAGCUCAUCGAUAUCAUUGUUCAACUGGACGCCACCUUCUCAGCUGAUCAGUCGGCGGAUCCCCUUGCGAAGUACGUUCUGAAGUGGCUGAUGGGAACAGCGUGUGUCCGUGCAGAUUUGUUGCACGUGGAUGCUGCCCUCGAAUCUCCGUCGAAAGACCAUCAUGGUCGUAGACAAAAGAUCGGGAAGCUCCCAAACGCUCAAAGCGAAUCGAUGUUGCGCGUUUUCUGCAUACGAUAUCUCGGAACGAUUCGAAGGCCAUAUGAACAGGGACGACAAAUCACAUGCUGUUUACUAUCCUUAUUCAACGAUAACUCGCAUUUCAUUCGGACCGCUGUGGCUGUUGCAAUAAGCUUCCGAUGCCUGAACGAUUCUCCGACUGCGUCUCUUCAAGACUCUCCACAUCAUCAACCCAAUGGAACAUGUAUUGGGGCACCCCAUACCUCGAGAAAUCCAUACUUGUUUCUACUGAAGUGUGCAAAAGAGGCGUGCUCGUCAUCCUCAUCAUCGUUCCAGCUUUCGACUGAAGGCGAUACUUUCGAGUUGUGGGCAAUAUCGUUGACUGAGCACAUAUUCCGAAAGUGCCCUCUUUUGCCAGAGCGACCAGAUAUGCUCAAUGCAGCUCUAUUGGAGAUGAAAAGGAUGCUCAAUGUCUCUGGAGAGCAUUUGGAGGAGAGUAAUGAUACGAUGACAGAGUUGACUGCUCGCAUUCUUGGGGCAAUUUUAAGCAUCUGGUUUCCGGAGGGCAGGCCUGAGCGUACGUCCAUUAUCGCAAGGCAUGCGCAAGACGAGGUGCUUGGCGUGGUGGAUGCAGCGAUACCAUUUUUGAAAGUCGUCCGCAAAGAUAGCAGGAAACAUAUUAGACUUCGAUGCCUGGAGAUAUGCAGGCGGAUUCUUCGAGAUAUUUCAGAUCUCCCCCGCAUCGAUGCCAUUAGGACGAUUGUUAAAGGUUCCUCUGCCGACCAACAUGAUAAUGAUAUACAAACCCGGCUCUUCCGCGAUGCAAUCCUAGCCAGUCGAGCUACGGAACUCAAAAUGCAUGAUUCGACAGACGUGCCACCGGAUAAUGGUCCAUCCCAGCAAGCAACCACGAAACAGAGCCAUAUUCAGGCAGCAGCAGGUGCACAUGCGUCGAAACAAAAAGUCCAUGUGAACCGUCAUCCACAGGAUUCCUUAAAUGGAUCCACCUCAUCGACCGGAAGCCGGGAGCAUGGUCGCCCGUCCGGUAACGGUAAGGGUCGAAGAGAAGACUCGUCCAAUGGAUCAGAUGAGAAAAAGCUAGUGAACGACUUUUAUGGACGCCUGCGGGAGUACGUUGAGGGCGAUGUUAUUCACCCCUCGCGGCCUUCAAGCCAGAAAGUCAAGUCCGAAGAACCGCAGGCACUCACUGAGGAUGAAGCAGGAGUUCCUCGCUUACACCCAAUGGCGCGCGCUACACAACUCCGCGAAGAAGCCCCGCCACACUCAAAACAUGCUAAAGUCCCGUCUCGAAUCACCUCGAAACACUCAAAGAAGGGUCAGAAUGACAAUAAACCCAACCCAGCAUACUCAAACCUUCCGCUGGAUUCCAUAGAUGCCCUUGCGGCAGAGCACAUCCACCAAUUGGACUCACAUGUGCCAAAGAAACCCUUGGAUGCGACCUUGGAUGAGGAUCCUCUCAUGCACUUGAGCGAGAUCAUGACCAGUGAUGAGGAUAGCGGGGAACAGGUUGCACCGGGACACUUCUUUCUCGGACGGCGUGGUAGUAGCAAAAUCAUCGCGGGUCCCGAAGCCGAAGUCACACCGACAGAUUCUGGUGAGAAGAAAAGAAAAACGCAUUCGAACGAGGAAGGCUCAAGCAUACGAGCUUCCCGUAGUCGUCGAAGCGAGGAUAUUGCCGCGAAGAAAACCCCGAGUUCUGCCAGGGUUGCCGUCGGACCUCCGUCGAACAUCACCCGCGAACGACUGGGCAGUGACAAGUCUCGACAAACGCAGCCGUUAUCAAAAGGUAGUGGCGUCAAGCAACAAACGGACGUUAGAAAACAGAAACGAGGUAGCAAAGCAGCGCAGGAUCUGAAGAUGGCAUUGCUCAGUCAGCCUCGGAAGAAGUCAUUGCUCGAGAACCCUGCACGGAGGCUGAGCACAGAACGACGAGGGGAAGCGGCAUUAGCAAACGGCACAGUUGCCCAAAAGAAGGGCGAGCUUGUUGUGAGCUCGGUCAGAAGAGCUGAUGUCCCCAUCCUCGCAGCGAAGAAGCUGGCUCAGAGCGCUCAAGACGAGCCUGAAAAACCAGGCGGAACCGCCAGUGCCACGGAUUCUCUUUCCCCACUCUCCUAUGAGGAUGACGGUGAACCAUUGGACGAACACGCUUUUGAGCAGGAGGUUUCAGAGGACAAUAUACAACAAGAGGAGUUUGAAAGCGUAGUCCAGAAGGAAAGCACCGCGCACAAAGGACAAGAAAAGGAAUUGGGAUAUCCGGCAGACUCAACAAAUCUCCAUCAGAUUGACAACAAAUGGGCUCCCAUCCUAAGUCGACAUAUUUCUCGACCAGUCACUCCGACUGGCAGAGUGCAUAGCCCCUUCAUCCAACAGAGUACACCCGAUUCUCGCGAAGACGUUUACCCAACCGACGUGACCUCCAAACGGGCUUUGGGACCACAGCUCAGAUCAGCACAAACGUCAUUCCAUUCUCUCCCAGAGCUACCGUCCCUCACGUCCUCCCCGAACUUCGUCCAAACAUACGUCAAUUCAACGGUAUCUGCUUUCCUCCGCCCCUGCUUCCGCCGAGGCGUCGAGCGUGUGCUACAGCAUCUCGUUUUCGGGCGCCCUGAUGCGGAAGCUUACACGUCCGAAGACGAUGAAAUGACCCAUAUUCCAAAUCGGGCCCCAUCAAAGUAUAAGCCUCGCCACAAGAAACCGCUUCACCCGGUCCUACGAGCUAUUUUCAAUCUUGAUCCCACGGUUUUUGUCGACCUGUGUUCUUCUUUGGAUAUACCUGCAACUACGGGCACCUGGACUCAAGCACUCGAUGUCAUCCACAGCUGCUUAUCUGGCCCCUCCAACAUCUUGUGGGACCUUGAAGCCGCGGUUGGACCGAUCGACGUCGCACAAGGGCUCGUGAUUUUGAGAGACCAGGUGCUGGUGGGUGCGAUGUGUCAUAGGAAAGGAAUGAUGCAGCCUGGAGGGUUAGGAAUGGAUCCGAAGCCUCUUGGCGCCUCGAGGAAUGGGCUGGCGGGAUCUGCUGGGGAUCUGUUACUAGCCGACGCGCAGGGAUUCUUGAAGUGGGUCCAGGGCAUUGUGUAAAUGAUUGUGUGCAUGUUGCUGCUCUCCUUUCGAUCUAUUCGACGCUCCAGAAUACAAUUGCAUCAUUCGUUCUGCUCCUAUCUGGCGCCAGUAGCAUUUCCAGAACCUCCUAACGUGGAUGCUUGAAGGAGCCUUGUUGUCGCUGUCACUCAUCACAUGUCAUCCGUUUGUCCCUUUGGCCGCUUCUCCCUUCUCAAAUGCGUGCCAGCCUCGUUGCCC